GUACUCGCCCCUCCCCGUCCCUCUACGCGUCUUGGUUCCUGGUUGGUGCUUCUUGGUCGCAGCCGCGGCAGUGACAUCACUGUUACAGACUUUCAUGAUGUUUGGUGGUUAUGAGACUGUAGAAGCUUAUGAAGAUGACCUUUAUCGUGAAGAGUCAUCUAGUGAACUGAGUGUCGAUAGUGAGGUGGAAUUUCAGCUCUACAGCCAAGUACAUUAUGCUCAAGAUCUUGAUAAUAUCAUCAGGGAGGAAGAACAUGAAGAAAAGAACUCUGGGGAUUCUGAAUCAUCUAGUAGUAAGCAAAAUCAAAAGAACUUAAUUAUCCUUUCAGAUAGUGAGGUCAUCCAGCUAUCAGAUGGGUCAGAAGUCAUCACUUUGUCCGAUGAAGAUAGUAUUUAUAGAUGUAAAAGAAAGAAUUUAAGAGUCCAAGCAAAAGAAAAGACCAGAGAUUCUCCUGCUUCUCUUCAUUCUCAUGAGUUGGAUGGUAAGAAAUGCAAGAAGGAUAUUAAGAAGCCUAAACCUGAAAAGAAAUCAGGUAUGAUCCGAGAGGUUAUGAUUAUAGAAGUCAGUUCAAGUGAAGAGGAAGAGAGCACCAUUUCAGACAGUGACAACGUGGAAAGCUGGAUGCUGCUGGGAUGUGGAGUUGAGGAUAAAGAUGAUGAUAUCCUUCUCAAUCUUGUGGGAUGUGAUAACUCUGUUAAUGAAGGAGAAGAUGCUGUAAACUGGUUCAUCAGUGACAAAGACGUUGAGGCCCAGAUAUGUAAUAAUAGAUCAUCUGGAAGAUGGACCCACCGAUAUUAUACAGCAAACAAAAACGUCACCUGUAGAAAUUGUGACAAAUGUGGCCAUUUGUCAAAAAAUUGCCCUCUUCCACAAAAAGUCCGUGCCUGCUGCCUCUGCUCCGAGCGAGGACACCUCCAGUAUGCCUGUCCAGCCCGCUUCUGCUUAGCCUGUUGUUUGCCUAUGUCUUCUACUCACAGAUGCCACGGAAAACCUUCCUGGAGAAAGCGAUGUGACCGAUGUGAUAUGCUAGGCCACUAUGCUGAUGCUUGCCCAGAAAUCUGGAGGCAGUAUCACCUAACGACUAAACCUGGACCACCCAAAAAGCCGAAGACUCCUUCUGGACAAUCAGCCUUAAUGUAUUGCUACAACUGUGGUCAAGAAGGCCAUUAUGGACAUGAAUGUACAGAAAGGCGAAUGUUUAACCAGACCUUUCCAACAUCUCCAUUCAUCUACUACUAUGAUGACAAAUAUGAAAUUCGGGAGCGAGAAUACAGAAUAAAACGAAAAGUAAAAGAACUCCAGAAAAAUGGGGAAUUUCCAAGGCAGUUCAAGAGGCCGCAUAUGAAAGCAGCAAAUCAGAGGUCCCACCAUGACAUGAAGAAGAGCCACGCCUCAAGGAGAAACACAAGGUGGCCUCAAGAAAAGAAAGAAACCCAAAAAGAAACAAUGAGCAGGAACAACAGAGAGCGUGAAAAGCACAGGAAGGCCGACAGGUGUCAUGACGUGGAUGAGGACUUUCCCAGAGGCCCCAGAACCCACUCUUCCUUGGGCACCUUCAAAACCCAGAAGCCUCACAAGUCCUUUCACCACUCACACCAGCACGAGCCAGGAGAAGACAAGCUGCCCAGAGAGGGCAGGCGGGGCAAGCAUAAGAAGGAGCGCCGCGGGGAGGAGGAGAACGAUGAUAACUUAUUUCUUAUUAAGCAGAGGAAAAAAAAGUCUAGACUGUGAGGCCGCUGCCGGUUUGGCUCUCCAGCAUUUGUCUGCUCUUCAUGUCUACAGCAUUCUGCCAAUCUUUUUACUAAUUAAAGUGAAUUUGUUUUGUUGUUUUGUUUAAUCUCAGCCAUACCCUAGAGCUGCUGAAGGAAGACCUUGCAGAUCUGUUCUCUGUGUCCAGCAGGUUGCUAGGCGGGAAAACAAAAAUAAACUCGGACUUCCCCUGAUCCAGUUCAUUUUUACUCAGAAUCCUACAGAUUGGAAGAAUUAAUCUUUUCAAGAGAAUUUUUAAAAAUACUUUGAAAAAAUUAAAGCUCAUCAAAUGUAAUUCAUCUUCAGUGUGCAUAUGUAAAUUAAGUCCUGGCAGGAAGAGAAAUCAACGCUAACAUGAAAAAUUCAUAGAUCUUUUUCAUCAUUACUCUUUUUCUAACAUUGGAAAGGAUAAUAGUUAAAUAUCUAAGCUUUACUGGCUUCUGAAGCUGGGGUCAGAAUCUUCCUUUGGUCAGAGCAUCAGGGAUGAACAAUGAAGGCGUCGUCACUGAAGCCCUGAAGAAGCAGGGAAGUGGGCUGUUGUGAAAUACAGGCAAGGAAUCCAUCCAGUGUGAAUGUCCCAGGACAGAUUUCCUGAAACAAGUGAAAAAGAGUCCUCAAAACUGUUGAUGUCAUCACCAUGAAAUAGUUUCUACCAUUUCUACAGCCACACUUCCAGAACACUGUCACGGCUAUAUAGAGAUGAAUACUGCCCAACUUUUAAAAAUUGUUUUGUUUUCAUGGGUUUUUUAACUGUAUAGCUAUACAGAAAUUUUUGUACUUAUGAGCUUUUGUACUUAACAAGGCCUAAUGUUAGAAUUGGAAAAAUAAAAUGUCUGAAAUAGAGUAAA